CCCGUGCAUCCGCAGAGCGCUGUGCCGUUUCAGUGCGAGGCCUCAGCUCGCGUUCGGCCGCGCGCGUGUUCCUACCGCAACGACAAACGACACGCAAUACCCAUUCACACCAUACCCACUGCAAGUACACGCACACGCAAACACGCACGCACAUUCGUCAUCACAUCGUCGUCAUCACCGUCGGGGAAUCGUCGCAGUCGUUAUAACGACACUAUUAUUGGUAUUAUUCUAUCUCACGCAGCAGCUUCCCGAUACUACUGCGUUGGGUCUUAUUAAUGUUCGCUGAACUAUAAUGUCCAUAUUACCACCAUCGCGCGGAGGAAUUUUGUUCGGACUGGGUAUAGCUUACUUACUUGUGCAGUACAUAUAUGUAAGUUAUUAUAACGAGCCACGUCGGAUCGACAGUUUCAUUACCACAACGACACAAGAAUACCUCCCUUCAACGAACUCCGUGUCAAUAAUGCAUCUCAACGUUUCCGGCAUCGAGGCCAUGAUUUACAAUAACAUUCAAACUAAACAAACGAAUGAAAAACAACCUCUCACGCCAUGUCCUCAAACUCCACCUGACUUAAACGGAACAAUGCGCUUACUGGUACCUGCUCAGGAAACGCUGGAAGAAGUAGCACAACAAUUAUCCUGGCUUAGACUUCUCGAAGGCGGUCAUCAAGAACCUUUAGACUGCCGAGCCAGAUACAAAAUCGCAAUUAUAGUGCCUUAUCGAGACCGACUGUCGAACCUCUGCACUUUUCUUCUUAACAUGCAUCCGUUUUUAACCAAACAACAAUUGGACUACAGUAUUUUCAUUGUAGAACAAUUUGACGAUGGUCUAUUUAACCGAGCUAUGUUAAUGAACGUCGGAUUUAACGAAGCGUUAAAGUUACGUGAUUUCGACUGUUUCUUUUUCCACGACGUAGAUCUUAUACCAGAAAACGAUAGAAACAUUUACAGUUGUCCCGAUCAGCCGAGACAUAUGUCAGUAGCUAUCGACAAGUUUAACUACAGACUGCCGUACGUGGAUUUAUUCGGUGGGGUGAUAGGCAUGAGCCGCAAUCAUUUCCAGUUGGUCAACGGAUUUAGUAACAUGUUUUGGGGAUGGGGAGGUGAAGAUGAUGAUAUGGCAUCUCGAGUAAAAGCUCACGACCUGAACAUUACCAGAUAUACUCCAAACGUGGCACGUUAUCAUAUGUUAACACAUGCUAAACAAAAGGCCAAUCCAAAGAGGUAUGAAAAGUUAUACAGCGGCCGGAAACGUUUCAAGACCGACGGACUCAACAACCUUGAGUAUCGAGUGAAAUCGCUGAAGCAGCUUCCGUUGUUCACGUACCUUCUGGUAGACCUCACUGGAAGACGCAGCUGAUGGACAAUGACCAUGUGGCAUUGGCCGUUCGGGCAACAAGCCGCUUAAUCGUGCCGUUUCAUUUUUCGAACACCGCACAACAUGUUUCAAUCUUCGUAUUAGUGUGAUUUAAUUUUUCUUUAUUUUUAUCGAUCGAUUUACAGUGUAAAUUAAGGUUGCAUAGGUUCAGUGUGUACAUACUCAUCUACUACCUAUGUAAAACAACCAGGGUUACCGUUCCCUGACCAGGUGCUAAAUUAAAAUAUUUAUUAUUGUUUAUACGCCCUAAGAUUAAAAUAUGUAGAACUGGUAAAAAGUAAAGUUAUUACAGGUAUGUUUAAAAUAGCUAUACAUCCUACUCUCGGGAUGUAAAUGAUGUUAUACGUUUUUAAUAAAGCCGAUCCACGGACAAUCGAACCGUGACGAUGGGUGUAUUAUAUUUUAUUCACAAGCACUUACUGGUAGACACGAGCAUUCGAACGAGUAAAAAAUUGUUUCCCCGAACUACCGCAAUGACCUAAAUGAAUAAAUAGUGAAAUGGAAAAGACAAAAAGAAAAAUAGUUAACCUAUCGUCGGUGGCUUGGUCCACACAAAAUGCUAACUGAAUCUUCACGUUUCCGUUCACUUUUAUCGAAAAAUACAAUCAGAUUUCACGAAAAUCAAUGAAAUUAUUGUUUACAACUUUCUACGGUUAUUUUACUGCCUCAUGUUAGUGCAACGAAAAAUUAUAUUCCAUAAACAUCUAAAAUCAUCAUCCGAUAACCCUUUGAACGUUAUCCAUCAAUACAUACGUGUAUGAGUCAUAUCGUUAUUCAAUAGUGCGAAUUCGGCGUAUGUUUAGUAAAUGAUAUUUUAUUCUUGUAUUAUAACAAUACGAAAGAGAAUACAAUAAUAUAAAUAUGUAAAAUUUUUAGUGCAACGUAUAAGGUCUAGUUCCUCAGAAAGAAAAAUUCUCUCUUUUUUUUAUUCGAUCAUAAAACAGCCAACACAAUUUUCAAUGUGAGUACUACACCUUGUACAUAAAAUAUACCGUAGGGUAUAGAUUCAUUAUUUACCAAACCUACUUUCUUCUAAACCAAAAACGACAUUUUCGAUAUAUUUCAUGAUUUUGGGAUCAAUGGAGAGGCAAUACAUAUUAGGGUAGGCCUAUUUUUGGGUCAAUAUGACUCUGUGAUAUUUAUUAAAUAUAUAUAAUUAUUGUAAUAUAAUAUAUUUAUACAUAUUUCUCUUUCUUUCUAUUGAUUCAAAGACCGCGGGUGAUUUUUAUCAAUUCACAUGACCCAGGUAUGUUAUUCACAAUAUAAACGAGACUUGUAGUCAUACAUUUAAUUAAUUUUUAACGUUAUUUAUUAAUAAUUACAUUACGUACUACAAUUAAUGAUAUACGUGCAUAUGUACAGUAUAUCUACAUUUAUUUAUUGGGUACGAUUACAUUUAGAUUUGUACCUAUUUUUUUAAUUGAUGUUUCUUUAAAAAUAUUUUUACUAGUGCAUAUUAUUAUUAUGC